ACGAAACCACUGGCAAAGGCGUCGGAACCAUGUGCUUUUGACGCUGGUUUUCCCCACCCCGCUGCUUUCCCCAUUGGCGAGUUUGACGACAAGGCACAGAUGGAUUCCUUCCCGCUUGCCACCAGUCAACACUGACCUGCGAGCUAGCUAGUGAGGUCGGGCGGCCGUCCAUCCCACCGCACACCGCCGGUCCAGUCCCCGCCGGUGCCGGAGGGGGUGAAGCCGUGAAGUUGAAGUUAAACCAGGUCUGCUCGAAUCCAUUUCAUACUGACUCGGAGAAUCUUCUGGAUCUUAUCUGUUAUCUCCUCUACUCUUAGAGGCCUCCACCAUGGAACAUGACGGCAAGAACCUGACUGUCACUGAGGUUGUGCGCUCGGUGCAGCUGCUCAAGAUUGACGGCUAUUCCGCCACCUCUACCAUGGUGGGGUCAUCGGAGUUCAUCAAACCCAGAUCCAGAUGGAACAUCGAUGGCCACGAGUGGGAGGUCCAUUUCUACCCUGAUCACUGUCAGUUCCUCGAGGACGAGGACGUCAUACCCCCAUUUGACGACUUCAUCCAAUGGGUCGCUCUGAAGCUCAUCCUUGUCAGUGAACCUCAGAGGGACAAGCUGAGGGUGAAUCUGAGCUGCCGGCUUGUAUGCCCCAGCCAGCGGCAUCUUGGUCCCUCCGAAGAGAAGAGUGUGUCCCAUGUAUUUCACCGUGGCUCCAAAUGCUCGCCUGAAGUUCUCCUCAUGACGAAAUAUGAUGUACCAUCGUCAGGUUAUCUCGUGAAUGACUCACUGACCGUGGAAUGCACAAUCACCGUGCUAGGAGGAGAUGAGGAGCAGCCCCUGCCAGUGCCACCACCCUCGGACAUGCACAAGCACUUCGGUGAGCUCCUGCAGAGCCAGGAAGGAGUGGACGUCAUGUUUCAUGUCUCUGGAGAAUCCUUCGCCGCACACAAGGUCAUACUUGCCGCAAGGUCCCCGGUUUUCAAGGCCAAGUUCUUCGGAGGCUUGGAGGAAACAAGCUCCGAGUCUGUGGUGAUCGAAGACAUGGAGCCUGUUGUGUUCAGGUCCAUGCUUCACUUCAUCUACACUGACAUGGCUCCGGAGCUCGACGGUGACGAGGACCCUCAGGCAGCGGCGAUCAUGGCUCAGCACCUCCUGGCUGCUGCUGACAGGUAUGGGCUGGACAGGCUCAAGCUGAUAUGUGAAUGCAAGCUCUCUGGUGGCAUUGGCAUCGGCACAGCAGCUACGACGUUGGUUCUUGCCGAGCAGCACCACUGCUCGCUGCUCAGAGCCAAGUGCAUUGAGUUCAUCACCAAGUCUCCUGAAACUCUUGAUGCUGUCUUGGCAACGGAUGGCUACGCCCAUCUGGUGGCAAGCUGCCCCUUGGUGCUGGCUGAACUACUGAGGGCGGUGGCGCAUGGAAGGAAGAUCUGAGCUGGAUGAUGGUUUUCCUUGACAGUCCUUGUGUCCUAAUAUUAGUACUAUCUGCCUAGUGUUGCUAGUUGCUUCUCAUAUUAUGGUUUCCCUAUGAUAUAUGACUGCUAUAUCAUGAUGAACUAGUGCUUGCUGUUGAUUUCCCCCGUUUUUGUUUGAGGUGCUUAAUUUUUAGUAGCCGUUAUUGCCCUUUUGUGGCUUUCAUGUAUGCACACACAUAACAUGGGAAGCUAGCUUGCUGUUUCAAAUCUUCAGUUGCCAUUUUCUGUGGUUAUUA